UACGUUUGUUUUAAUGUUGGCACCAAAGUUUACCGGACACACUCGGUUCUAGCCAUGACCAGGAAGUGAUAUGGCCUUUAGGCUUCUGAUGCUGGGGCGGGAAUUUCCUGCGUGGUCUGCGUGUGCGUGCGUGUCUGUUAAUGCACGUCAAGAUGGCAAAGUUACCAGGAGCACACUAACAGCAGCAAACUACCCCUGCAACGUAGCACCGUAACGUAGCAGUUCACAUUCUGCAUCUGCGUGCGUGACAGCUCCGUAUCUACAAUCAGUACAGAGUUUGUCAGGAGUGCUUUGGAAAAGACAGCUGUGCUACUGUAGGUCACUUCAGUGUAUGCAUAAUGUGGACGAAUGACAACAUCCUCUCUUGUCAACAUCCUGCCCUGCCCUGGCAGGUAGAAUAGUCUGAUCUACAUUGAUGAAAGCUGUGCACUCAUCCACUGCUAAGCACAAUGAGUCUGGCUCUUCAUGAACUCCUGGUCUGCUGCAAGGGGCUGGAGAAUGAUAAAGCUACAGAGAGGAAGAAAGAAGCUGAACGCUUCAGACGACUCAUUCGAACUCCAGAGGUUGUGCAGGAGUUGGAUCGUACAUCCGGACCUAAAGCUAAAGGCUCCAAGCAACUCACAUGGGAUGCUGUUUUCAGAUUUCUGCAGCGUUAUGUCCAGAAGGAGACAGAAAGCAUGCAAUCAAGCAAAUCUGUCACGGCAACUACGCUGGCCACACGGAAAAAGAAGAUGGCUGAAAUGUGUAGCUUAAUCAAAUACUUCAUUCGCUACGCAAACAAACGCGGGCCUCGUCUAAAGUGCAGUGAGAUGCUAAAACAUGUGAUGGACGUCCUGCAGAAUUCAUACAGCUGUUCAUCCUAUGGAGAAGAUUAUAGCAGCCUCCUUUUAAAGGACAUCCUCUCUGUCCGCAAGUACUGGUGUGACAUCCCUCCACAGCAGUGGCAAAAUAUUUUGGACUUGUACUGCAACUUGUUCAACACUUCAUCCAAGUCCAUCAACCGUGUUUUGGUGACCAGGGUGAUCCACACGGUGGUGCAGGGCUGCUGCAUGCAGACUGAUGGAUUCAACAACUAUUUGUUCAGCUUCUUCUCCAAAGCACUGCUAAAUGCCAGGCAGGAGAAACACUUGACUGUUUUGGAGCACCUCGUCUCUGGUCUCAACAUCUUCUUGAGAUCUGCGGCCAUGAACUGUCGGAUGAGGGUGUGUCACCUGGGAGAGGAGCUGCUGCCUUCUAUACUGUAUGUCUGGGCGGAUAUGAGGCCCAGCACUGCUCUCAAAGAGGAGAUUGUGGAGUUCUUUAACCUGCAGAUUUGUGUUCACCACCCAAAAGGAGCCAAGACACAGGAUACAGGUGCUCAUGCUGAGGACUGGACCAGGUGGCGGGGUCUGCUGUACAACCUAUAUGACGCCUUAAUCAGAGAAAUUAGCCAGCUAGGCAGCAGAGGGAAGUACAUCACGGGUACCCGACACAUUGCUGUCAAAGACAAUCUCAUUGAGCUCACAGCUGACAUCUGUCAUCAGCUGUUCAGUGAUGACAAUGCCACCCAUGUUUUGGAGGUUACCCAGGCCUCCCUCAGAGCCACCCACAUGGGCAGUCCCACCAAUGGAGCAGCCAGCAAGCGACGGCGCAUCCAACUAGGCUGGGAGGUCCUCCGGGACCAUCUGCAGCCUCAGCAUAAUGACUUUGAUGUCAUACCAUGGCUGCAGAUCACUGCAGUGCUGACAUUUAAGUACCCGUCCAUGGUGCCCAGCCAGGAGCUAAUCCCGCUGCUGUCCGUGUUGUACCAGCUCCUGGCAGAGCAGCGGAAAGGAGAGAGGGGGCCGUACGUGCUGCGCUGUCUGAGGGAGGUGGCCCAGUGCCAGGCCCGCUGCCCAGAAAGGGCCCAAGUCCACAGGACGGAGCUGGCCCGGAUGUGGGGUCGGGUGUGGGCCCUGGCACUGCGAGGGGUCAGCUCGCCACAAACCGAGGCCCUCAGCCUAGACCUGCUUAGCUCCAUUGUCCACGGUGGACUGAUCAAUAUGGACAGAGAAUUCUGGAAGCUCUUCUCUGGAUCAGCAUGUAAACCAUCUACGGGUGCUGCUCUCUGUCUAGCCCAGGCCCUAUUAAAGUGUUCAGCCCCUAAAAAUAUCAUCUCCAGCUCAGGCUGGGACUAUGUGGGGGUCACAGAGGGAUCUGCAUCGCCUAACCUGAAGGAGACCCUCGUAGGCUGGCUGCUGAUGACUGAUCAGAGCGAGGAGAUGGAGGAUAGCUCCAGACCUCACCCUAUCAUUUGCAGAGACUUUCCAUUCAAUCUAGUAGCAAACAUCCUGGUCUCCCUGACCUUGAAAGACACAAGAACUGGCCUGAAGUUUCUGCUGGGUACUAAAGGAGUAGAAAGUGCCUUUUUUCAAGACCAAACCUCAUCCAAAGCCAAAGACCUGGAAGAGAUCGAGAGGCUUUACUUGCAGUUCAGCUUCAACACGCUGCCCUCAGCGAUGCAAAAGACUGACGAGUCAGUGACGACGGCUUCAUCUGGAGGCCAAUUUGCAGCCGUUCCCUGCGUCAGAAAGAGGUUGGAGCAAUCCCUGCUUUGUGUGGCUGACAACCUGCUCAACUGCUACUCUCCUGAUUCUCAGUCCACUCCUCCAGAGUGUCUGGUGCGCUGUUUGAGUCUGCUGACUGGUGUUCUAGCAAGUUACGUGUCCACUAGGUAUCUGACUGAGGAGGAGGCCUGCCGCUCACAGCUCUUCACUAAAGCCAAGGCCCUGGCUCAGGACUUCAGCGGUUUUGUUUCCGGUGUGAAAGUGAAAAUGACCGAGGAAGGAACCAUGAGCACACUGAGAUCCGUCAUGAAGCUCUGCACACAGUCAGCCAGCAGAAAAAACAAGGAUAAUGUUCAUCCUAUCUCCUCCAGUCUGUUCAUUAUGAUUCUGCCGGCUAGUCUCCUCAGUGAACUGGCUGAGAUCUGCAAACUCUUGUUAAGCAGUGUUUCUAAGAGAGUCAGUGUUGUGGAUGAAGACGAUCAUAUGGAUGAUGACUGGGACGUGACCAGAACUCAACAAGGAGACGACAUUGACUUGUUUGAUGAGGGCGAAGAGUCCCACAGCAGCACCAAUGGGACCCACAGACAGAAGGGAGACAACAGUGACACUUCCUGUGGGCCAGGUGCAAGAAGUCUGUUAGCAGAAGAUUAUCUGGCCCAACAGGACCUGGCUCUCCUUGCAGUCUUGGAGUUCCUGUGUGAGUGCGGCUCCAUCCAGCCCGUCCACGGUCUGCUUUUUAAACCGCAGGAGGUGCGGCGCAGGCUGCUGCAGUUGGUUGAGCAGAUGGACUUUAACAAAGCCCUGCACCUCAACAUGUAUCUCGUCCUGUUGAAGAAGCUUCCUGCUGAGGACUCGCUCUCUCCGGAGGAAUUUGAUUCACUGCUUCGUCCUCUAGCGGACCUGUGUUCUCUGUACCGUCAGGACCAAGAGAUCUGUGCUGCUGUUCUGCUGGGUUUGUUACCCUCCAUCAAGAGCCUCGGGAAAACCCACCACGUGCCAGAGGAGAUGAGACAUGUUCAGGGAUCUCUGCUAAAAGUGGUGUCGGGAUUCUGUUUCCUGAGCCAAACGGGGAAAUGCAUGGCAGCUGUACGAGCUGCUUUAGUGAGAUGUCUGGUUGCCUUGCUGGAGGCUGAUCCGUGUUGUAAGUGGGCAUUCUUAAGUAUCAGAGGGCCUGACAGAGAGGAAGAUCGCCCAGUGUCUGUCAUCCUUCCAUCUCACCUCGCAGAUGCCCACCACCAAGUCCGCAUGCUGGUAGCUAUGUCAGUGGAGAGGUUGUUUCUGGAGCUAAGACCCGAGCAUCCAGAUAAGAGAAACAUGCUGCCGCUUAAACACCAGCAGGCGGCUUUUGAGAAUGUUUACCUGAAGGCUCAGGAAGGAAUGAAGCUCCAAAGAAGCAGCUCUUCAGAGGACCAGCGCGACGAGUCCUUUAACCGCAAGGCCACCCUGUUGAAGAGUUUGUCUGUUGUGCUGUGUUGUAGCCCAGUCUGUGAAAAGCAGUCUCUGUUUGCCCUCUUCCAGUCCUACAAGGAGAACAGUAUAGAGGAACAGCUCAUCAAAAAGAUGCUGUGCAGUGUAUCCAGAGCGCUGGGCUACAGGAGCGGGAAAACACUUGUCACUUCUCACCUGUACUACUUGGUAGCUGAGUGGCUCGCGCAGAGACAGUCUGAUGAUCGCUACACUCUUGGAUCUUUUCCCUACACCCUCCUGGACCACGACACAGUCAAAGAUUUCUAUAAGUCUUCCUACCAGGUCUUGAUCCCCCACCUGGUUUUCCUUGAUGACUUUGAGCAGGUGAAGUCUAUUGGCAGGUAUCUUGAGAAGGACUGGAAAGAGUUAUUGGCCAACUGUUUUCCCAAGAUCAUGGUCAACAUCCUGCCAUACUUUGCCUUGUCUGGCCAGGAUUCACAGGUCGCACAGCAGAGAGAGAAGGCCCACAAAGUGUACGACCUGCUCAAAGAUGCCAACUGUCUGGGCAAACAGCAAAUCGACAACCUGAUCCACAGUAACCUGGCGGACAUAGUGGUGGAACUGCUGAUGACUCUGUAUGAAGGAAGUGGAGCUGAAGGGGACAGAGGAGACCUGAAACGCUUUACAGGGGAACUGGACCCUGUACCAAACCCACCAUACUUCAGCUCCUAUGUCAUUAAAGCUACACUGGACUACCUCAGCAUGUGCCACAGUGCAAACCACAAAACUUUGGUAGCCAUUCUGUCAAAAACUCCGAUUUCUAUCCAGAGGAUUCUGCUGGCGGUGUGUGAAAGAGCAGCAGAGACGACCAACAGCUAUGAACGUCAUCGCAUCCUCCUCAUGUAUCACCUGUUUGUCAGCCUGCUGCUCAGAGAGGUGAAGGACGGCCUGGGAGGAGCCUGGGCCUUUGUCCUCAGAGACAUAAUCUACACACUCAUUCACUAUAUCAACAGCAGACCAGUUCACUGUGAUGAGGUUUCUAACCGAAGCCUCUCCCUGUGCUGUGACCUGUUGACCGCUGUGUGUCGGGCAGCUCUGCAGUUCUGUGAUGAUGCUCUAGAUUGCCACUUACAGGUCAUCGUUGGGACUCUCACAGUUCUGGUGUCGAGCCGGCCCACCAUCUCACAGCAGGUGCUUAGUCUGUUGCAGUUUCUCGUGAUAGAAAAUCAACAGAAGUUAAAAGGAGCCAUCAGCAGGUUGGAACCUUUUCCUGACCUCCGUGAAUUCAAAGAGCUGCGGUCUGUACAGCAUAAGCUCAAACAUAACGCUGGGACCUUUACACUGAGACAGGAGAUAGCCCACUUCCUGUCAGUGACGUCCUGUGACUCCUUACCUCUGACCAGACUGGAGGGGCUGAAGGAGCUCACCAGACAGCUGCAUGACAACAAGGGACAGAUCAGAGAGCUGCUCAAAGAGUGCCAAGCUGAACCCACUGACAGUGUGCUGGUGAAGCUGGUUCUCAGUCUGCUGCAGCUCUGUAAGCUAGCAGUCAACCACCAGGGAGGAGCCAACAUUUUAGAGGCAGCAGGCAGCUGUCUGGGAGAACUGGGUCCUGUGGAUUUCUCCACCAUCGCUCUACUUCAUGGCAGAGACCCCCUUUAUGAAAAGGCUGUGUCUCUCUUCACCUCCACUGAGUCGCAGUGUCUUUACAUCAUCCUCAACUGCAUGAAUGAUGCACUCACUCAACAGCGUAUUGAGGUGAGGCAGGCAGCCGCUCAGUGUGUGAUGAGCAUCCUCGCCACUCAGUCUGGAGUCGACUUCUGGGAGCAACACAAAGACAACAGAGACCCCAUGCUGGCCUACCUCAAUCCUUUUAGAAAGGCCAAGAAAAAGGGGGAAGCUGUGAGUGCUGAGGUGAGUUCGGAGGCCAGGGAGAAGCUGGAGAGUCAGGAGUUUUGGAUUCCGCAGGCGGGCAGCCACGAAGCCUGGCUGAAGGCUCUAUGCACCGCCCUGCUCGACAGCGGAGGAGUCAGGAGUGAAGCUCUGCUGCUGUCACGGCCAUUGUGUCUGGUGAGGGUGGACUGCUGUCAAAGGCUGCUGCCCCUCAUCAUCCACUCCAUCCUUCUGGAUGACUCUAAUGGUUCGUGGAGGGAGCUGCUCUCCUCCCACAUUCAGGACUUCUUCAGCUUUUGUUCAAGAAGCGCUCAGGCCUCCAGUCGUUCUGCAACACCUCUCAACUCUGACUCUGAGUCAGACGCUGCCAGCCAGGGCUUGUACGACAAGACCUCACUUCGUACCAUGCUUGCUGUUCUUGACUAUCUGAGACACCAACAGAGACCACUGGACGCUGAUAGCAACUCCUGUGGCACAGUGUGCGACUCAAACUUCUGGCUGGAGCUGAACUAUCUGGAGGUGGCCAAAGCUGCUCAGUCCUGCUCAGCACAUUUCACCGCUCUGCUGUACUCUGAGAUCUAUGUGGACAAGAUCAAAGCUAACAUGGAGGACAGUCGAAGAACCAAGUCCAGAGUGACACGUAAGAUAAAUUUUGAAGAGAACAGCCAGAACUUCACCAUCUCCAGCCUGACUGAGAAGAGUAGGGAGGACACUAAUAUCAGCCUGCAGGAGCUGCUGAUUGAGGUGUAUCGCAGCAUUGGAGAGCCUGAUAGUCUGUAUGGCUGCGGCGGGGAGACGAUGACCAGUCCGCUGACAAGGAUUCGAACCUAUGAACAUGAGGCUAUGUGGGGGAAGGCCCUGACUUCAUACGACCUUCACUCUACUCUGCCUGAAGUCGCUCGACAAGUGGGAAUUGUGGAGGGCCUGCAGAACUUUGGUCUGUGCAGCAUCCUUGCCACCUACAUGAGGGGUCUGGAGAGUGAAGGGGUGGAGUGGGGAGCCGAGCUGAGAGAGCUUCGCUUCCAAGCCGCCUGGAGGAACACACAGUGGGACUGUGAGCUGUUGGAGAGGAGUGAGAAAUCCAAACCAGGCUUCCACGAAUCAGUGUUUUGUUCCUUGCAAGCGCUGAGGGACAAAGAGUUCUCCAUAUUUGAUGAAACUAUGAAACAGGCCAGGGGUGCAGAUGUGGAGGAGCUGUGCAGAGGCAGUCUAGAGGCUGUGUCUUCUCUCUACCCGGCUCUCAGGAACCUGCAGAGCAUCAGGGAGCUGGAGAGUGUUAAACAGCUCUUUUCUGGGCCCUUCUCAGAUGUGACUCUGACAGAAGUUUGCAGCCAGUGGCGACAGCACUCCCAGCUGCUCGCUGACAGUGACUUUGCUUUGGUGGAGCCCAUUCUGGCUGUCCGCUCUGUGGCCCAGCACACCCUGAUGUCCACGGUGGGAAACCCCGACAGCACCCAGUACCUCAGCUCUGUGCUCACUGACCACCUCAUGGAGCUCUGCCGGUUGGCUCGCAAGGCUGGGAAUACACAGCUGGCAGAGCGGGCAGUCUUCCAGUUGAAGCAGCAUGGUGGUGGAGGGUCCUGGGCAUCAUCCCCUGUGUUGUCAUGGCAACUGGAAGAAGCCCAGGUGUUCUGGGCAAAGGGAGAGCAGGGACUGGCGCUGGGCCUGCUAAGAGAGAUGAUACACAACCUUGAAGAAAAGGUGGACUUGAAUCCUGCUCUGGUCCCGGUCUACACUGAGUGCCUCAGGCUGUGUGGUAACUGGCUGGCUGAGACCUGCCUGGAAAGCCCCGGAGUAAUACUGGAGAAGUAUCUGGAGAGGGCCGUGGAGGUGAUCGAGCAGGAAUCAGGAGUUCAGGACUCCAGGCUGCAGAGUCAGCGGACUGAGGCCUUCCUGUCACUGGCCCGCUUCUCUGACGCUCAGUACCAGAGCAUCGACAAAUACAUGAACUCCUCUGAGUUUGAGAACAAGCAGGCGCUGCUGGAGAAGGCCAAAGAAGAAGUGGACUUGAUGAAGGAGCGUAAAGUGACGUCCAACAGGUACACAAUAAAGGUGCAGAGAGAGCUAGAGCUGGAUGAGAAGGCCCUGUCCAACCUGCAGGCAGACAGACAGCGUUUCCUGUGUAAGGCGGUGGAGAAUUACAUCCAGUGUCUGGAGCAAGGUGAGGAGCACGACACCUGGGUGUUCCGCCUGGCUUCACUCUGGCUGGAGAAUGCCGACGUUAAGGCCGUAAACGUCAUGAUGAAGAAAGGGGUGAAGAAGAUUCCUUCCUACAAGUUUCUGCCUCUCAUGUAUCAGUUGGCAGCUCGCAUGGGAACCAAGAUGGUAACUGGCGUCACUGAGGACACAGGCUUCCAUGAUGUCCUCAUCGAUCUAAUCUACCGAGCAUCUCUGGAGCACCCUCACCACACACUCUUCAUCAUCCUUGCCCUGGUGAACGCCAACAAAGACGAAAACUUUUGCAAGACCCGGCUGUCCAAGAGCGCUCCACGGCAGCCCUCACCAUUUGACCUGGAGCGUUCAGAUGUGGCCCAGAAGAUAAUCAGUGCGAUCAGGAAAAAGAGAGGCGAGAUGAUCCGAGGGAUCGAGCGUCUGUGUGAUGCCUACAUCACUCUGGCUUAUAUGGACGCCAGCAAACACAAGACCGAGAAGAAGGCUAUUCCCAUCCCUGCUGAUCAGCCCAUCAUGCAAAUCAAAGACCUGGAUGAGGUUGUCAUCCCCACAAUGGAGAUCAAGGUGGAUCCAUCUGGUUGCUAUGACAACCUGGUGACUGUCAGGUCCUUCUUGCCCCAGUAUCACCUGGCCGGAGGAGUCAACCUGCCCAAGAUCAUUGACUGUGUCGGCUCUGACGGCAAGAGCAGGAGACAACUGGUCAAGGGUCAGGACGACCUGCGACAGGAUGCAGUGAUGCAGCAGGUUUUUAGCAUGUGCUCCAUGCUGCUGCAGCGCAACACGGACACUCGCAAGAGGAAGCUCAACAUCAGGCGAUACAAGGUGGUGCCGUUCUCACAGCGUAGCGGUGUGUUAGAGUGGUGUUCUGGCACAGUGCCUAUUGGGGAGUUUCUGGUGGAUCCCAAUAAAGGAGCCCACAAACGCUUCAGACCCCGGGAUUGGACCAACCUCGCCUGCCGCAGGAAGAUGAUGGAGGCUCAGAAGCUGGCGUUUGAUGAGAAGCUCCAGGCCUACAGCGAGGUGUGCAAGAACUUCAGGCCGGUCUUCAGGUAUUUCUGCAUGGAAAGAUUCCUGGACCCCGCAGUGUGGAUGGAGAAACGGCUAGCUUACACUCGCAGUGUGGCCACCUCUUCUAUAGUUAGCUACAUCGUAGGCCUGGGUGACAGACACAUCCAGAAUAUUCUGGUUGAUGAGCAGACUGCUGAACUGGUGCACAUCGAUUUAGGUGUGGCCUUUGAGCAGGGGAAGAUCCUCCCCACCCCCGAGACUGUCCCCUUUAGACUGUCCAGAGACAUUGUGGAUGGGAUGGGCAUCACUGGAGUGGAGGGGGUUUUCAGGAGAUGUUGUGAGAAGACUAUGGAGGUGAUGAGGAGCUCUCAAGAAGCUCUACUGACUAUUGUAGAGGUGCUGCUGUAUGACCCUUUGUUCGACUGGACCAUGAAUCCAUUGAAGGCCUUCUACCUGCAGCAUGACGAACAGCAGGAGCUCAACGCAACGCUCAGCUCCACCAUGGGGGGAGAUGACGUAGACAACCACCGUAAAUCCAGUGACAGCCAGAGUUUCAACAAAGUGGCGGAGCGGGUGCUGCUGAGGCUGCAGGAGAAGCUAAAGGGGGUGGAGGAGGGCACGGUGCUCAGUGUGGGGGGGCAGGUCAACCUGCUCAUCCAACAAGCCAUGGAUCCCAAAAACCUCAGCAGACUCUUCCCAGGCUGGCAGGCCUGGGUAUAGACCUGAGAGAAGGUACACUCAGGCUGGUUAAGUCCCUGCUUCCAGCAACAAGUGUAUGGACAUUUCUGGAUAGCAACAGAUUUUACCCUGCAAAAAAUAAUGCUUUUUUUGUCUGUUAUUGAAGGCAUAUUAUCAACACAUAGUUUAGGAAGUAAGUGGACAGACACUAUGCAAAUGAGCUUCAGAAUAUAAACAUGGUGAAACAAGUUCCUUGGUUACCUAUUUAUUCCUCUUUUGAUUAUCUUCAAUAACAAAAAUCUUCUAUUGCUUCCACUUUCAGACAGAAAGAAUUCUUUCUUUAAAUUAUUAAUUUCUGCUUACCUUUGCACUUUAACAGAACAUAGGCAGUUUGGCAGAUUGCAUGCAAUAGUUCUUGCAACACAAACCAUAAAAUUCCCUUUUUGUUUGCGGCGGUAAUCUGUUAAUCACAAAAUCCUGAAGGAAUUUAAAAAGACCAAUAAACUGUGGUGCUGAAAAGGGAAGAGCCUGACAUGUAUAUGUGAAGGUGAGAUUGUUUCUGUAUGUUAGCCCGUAGGAUGUGAAUGUUUUCAUACUGUUGACUGUUGACUGUUGUAUGACGUUAUUAAGUUUUACCAAUGAAUACCCAGAGUUUUUCUACCUUUGUUUCAGUUCAGCUGUUUAUUAGUUCAGUUCUUUUACUAUUAAAAUUAGUGAAUAUUAUGUCAUGCUGUAAAGCUUACGGAGUAUCUCUAGAGCAUUCAGAAAUGUAUAUGUGUACAGAUUUCAACUGUUCAACAGCAACUUUAUUCUACUUUAUAUUACUUGCUCGUUCUUUAAAAAAAAAAAAAAUGAUUAUGAUUUCUAUAUCAAUAAAUAAAUAAUCGACAAAAAAACA